CACCAGGCGCGUUUAAAUGACGUCAUGGGUUCGCGCCGCCAUGUGUAAACCAAACUGGACGUUAACGUGCAUAUUUACGCUUGAUUUACAUUUAAAUUUUAAUUACACUCAUAUGUUAGACAACCGUUUGUAUUUAAGCACGUCUUUUCUUUUUGGGGGAUUGUUAAAAUAAAUACUACGAACACUCGUGAGUCGUUUACUUUGCGCCUUUUGCAGGAGGACGUGUAAAUUAACCAAUGGAUGAUGACGAGAGCGUUCAGACCGAUGACAACAAACUCCUAAAUAAUCAUAAUAUUCACAAUAAAAAUACAGCAGACGAUAACAAAGAAGACGGAGAAGCCACCGAGAAGCAGGCUUUGUCCAAAAGGCAAAGAAAGAAGCUUCUAAAGCAGCAGAAAUGGGAGGAGGAGAGGGACAUGAGAAAGCAGAAGCGCAAGGACAGGAAGCAGCAGCGGCGGCAGCAGAGACAAAAUAACCAACAAGAUGAUGAAGGCGAACACCGAGGUGCCAGGAAGCGCCUGCGGCGAGAAGCUACACCCACCUCACUCAGGCUGGUGGUGGACUGUAGUUUUGAUGACCUUAUGUUAACCAAGGAUGUGCACAAGCUUCACAAGCAGAUCCAGAGGUGCUAUGCUGAAAACAGACGAGCCUCGCAUCCAGUCCAGUUUUAUCUGACAAGCCUUGGAGGACAACUCAAACAAAGUAUGGAUGAAAAAGACAAAGGAUGGAUCAACUGGAAGGAUAUUAGCAUUAAAUUCGAACACUAUAGUGAAGUAUUGUCCAAGGAAGAUGUGGUCUACCUUACGUCAGACUCCCCCAAUGUGCUAACGGAACUGGACCCUAAAAAGGCGUACGUGAUCGGCGGGCUGGUGGACCACAACCACCACAAGGGGAUCACUUUGGAGCGGGCCCAGGAUCUGGGAAUCUGUCAUGCCCAGCUUCCCCUCGACAGCUUCGUCCAGAUGAACAGUCGCAAAGUUCUCGCGGUCAAUCACGUGUUUGAGAUCAUCCUGGCGUACAUGGAGAAAGGCAGCUGGCAGGAUGCCUUCUUCUCCGUGCUGCCUCAGAGGAAAGGAGCCAAGGCCGUGGCCACAGGCCCAGGAGACGGCGACCAAGAUGGCGACGGCCAAGAGGACCAACCGGAGGAGCACUCGGACCUUGAAGCUCGCCAACCAAGCGAUAAGUGAGCCCCCAAAAACUUGUCCCAUUGGAUUAUUUAUUAAGCGCUUUAGCCUACUUCUGGGCUCGUUCCUCAAUUAGAUUGUCAACGCAACUUUGCUUUUUAUUUCCGCGCUGAUGAAUUUUGCUUUCCGAUUGUGCCAAAUUGAUUUCAGAUCCAAUGGGAUGACAUCAUGGAUGUGUGUGUUUAUUGAAAUGCAACACAAACAUAUUUGAGACGUGUUGAAUUAUGUCUUAAUUUUACGGGAAUUAAGUUGCAAUAUUGAAGGAGGGGAUGGGGUUUAAUUCUCAUUUCACGACUAAUAAGAUGUAAUUUUCUGAAAUGGUAUUAUGAUUUCAUUCUUGUAAAAUUACUUUUUUCCCCUCAUAAUGAGCCUUCAUUCUUU